GAUAAGACCAUAAUGCUCUAAACUAUUGUGACGAUCGUUGGUCAGCGCUGAUAGUCCCAAAAGUUUGCCCGAAGAGGUUGCACUGUUUUCUCUUCUCUUAAUUUUUUCCACCGAACAUCGAAGAUGAUACCUCUGACGAUCGCUCUGCUUCUCGCAGUGGUAACGAGAGCUUCCGCUGUUAACCUUCCGGAGUACAUUCACGUAUGCAAACGAAGGGAUCCCAACGUAGAGAACUGCAUAUCCCAAAGCGUGGAGCACCUUCGGCCAUAUCUGGUGAAGGGAGUUCCAGAGCGCAACAUACCAUCUCUGGAGCCUCUGCUCCUGAAGGAAUUGGUCGCUGCUGAAGGAACAGGAAUCAGAAUCUCGGCGCGAAACGUCCACGCCUAUGGAGCCAGCGAUUUCACAGUCAAAAGGCUCAAAAUCGACCUCGACAAGUUGAGGUUUGAGGUGGACAUCAAUCUACCGCACUUGUACAUAGACGGCAUGUACGAAAUCGCAGGAAGAGUGUUGCUGCUUCCGAUAUCGGGAACGGGGCCAAUGCAAGGUAACUUCACCCAGUGUACCGGAGCAGUGCGUAUGCAGGGAGCGUUGCGGAAGGACAAAGCUGGCGAGGAUCACCUGUACUAUUCAGAUUUCCGGAUGAAGAUCUCGAUCGGCAAGGGGAACCUCCGACUGGAGAACCUUUUUGGAGGAGAGCGAACCCUUGGCGACGUUGUGAACGCGGCGAUAAACAACAACUUCGACGCCUUCAUCAGGGAACUGAAGCCUCUGAUAGAGAAAGCUUUGUCGGAAUCGUUCCUGGAAAUUUCGAACAGAAUCGUCGAGCCUUUUACGUACAAACAAUUGUUCCCGGACAAUUAAAGAUCGACGUGAUAGAACGUUGAGGUAGGAAAUUUUUAAGAUAUCGAUAACGAUCACCGUUUUUUUUUUUUUUAUAAAGCGCGCGGCUUAAAUGACGUGGAGAAUUUUUGAAAUCCUCAUCUAUUACAUGCACUUGACAUGCAGGCUCGUUUGAACGAGCAUCAAUCCUCGAAAAUUAGUUUAUAAGAUAUCGAUGAACUGACGAUAUUCACUAAAAUAUAUAUAAUUAAUAUAUAAAUAGAUUAUGGUUCUAGGUACAGGUAAAUUUUAUACUUAAAGAGCAUGUAAUAUCUGUCAUUAUACAUACCUGUACGAUAUUGACAGAUAUAGGAAUAAUGCGUACAAUAUAAUUGGGUUAAGAAUACUCUGUGAAAUAAAUUUUUCCCAUUACCAUUUA